GAGGACAGCCCACCUAUGGACAAGGCGGGACUCAACCAGGAGGACAGCCCACCUAUGGACAAGGCGGGACUCAACCAGGUGGGCAGCCCACCUAUGGACAAGGUGGGACUCAACCAGGAGGACAAGGCGGGACUCAACCAGGAGGACAGCCCUCCUAUGGACAAGGCGGGACUCAACCAGGAGGACAAGGCGGGACUCAACUAGGAGGACAGCCCACCUAUGGACAAGGUGGGACUCAACCAGGAGGACAGCCCACCUAUGGACAAGGCGGGACUCAACCAGGAGGACAAGGCGGGACUCAACCAGGAGGACAGCCCACCUAUGGACAAGGCGGGACUCAAUCAGGAGGACAGCCCACCUAUGGACAAGGCGGGACUCAACCAGGAGGACAGCCCACCUAUGGACAAGGCGGGACUCAACCAGGAGGACAAGGCGGGACUCAACCAGGAGGACAGCCCACCUAUGGACAAGUCGGGACUCAACCAGGAGGACAAGGCGGGACUCAACCAGGAGGACAGCCCACCUAUGGACAAGGCGGAACUCAACCAGGAGGACAAGGCGGGACUCAACCAGGAGGACAGCCCACCUAUGGACAAGGCGGGACUCAACCAGGAGGACAAGGCGGGACUCAACCAGGAGGACAGCCCACCUAUGGACCAGGCGGGACUCAACCGGUGACUGUGCCUGGAGGAGGACAGGCCACCUAUGUCCUAGGCUGGACUCGACCACAGAUGCCAGUAUGGCAAGUCAAGUUGUAAUCA